GCAUGUGUAGUACGGGCUGACGCUCCUGCUCGCGCUCGUCGCUCUCAUGGCGCUGUGCUCGCACCGACGCGGACGCAGGACGGCUGCUGGCGGAGAGCAGUCAAGUGAUUAAAGGACAAGCAAGCAGGCAUUUCUGCAGUGUGCUCGCUGCUGGACCCACCGUGCAGCCGUGGAAGAAGCGAUGCUGUCAUCAGCUUCCACGCCUGAGUAACCGCGCGAGCGUCAUCUCUCAGCAAGGAGACGGAGACAUUUCGGGGAUGGCUGUGCACAUAGCCCCGCACCUCUCACAGCACGCGGAAUGGAGUCUGCAUUAAAAGCGCGUUAGUAUAAUAAGUGUCCAGCUAACCUACUGACUCUUUUGAUCGUAAUUAUUUCUAAGGAGCAUUAUGCAUCUACUAGACAUGACCAUAUGAAUAAAUGUACCAAUCGCUAGCGCUAUUAGUUCUAUUUAACAAUGUUCUGCUCCGACCUCGAGAUUCGAAUUGACUAACAGAGCGGGCUACAACCUAGAUAUGGAGGUUGCUUCAUAGCUGAUUAGCUGGCUAACAAACAUUCGCUGGGGCCACGCAAGCAGCGACGGGAUCAGAGUCUGGCACUUUGACAGGGGUUCGCGGAGAAUGCAGGUGCGCUGGAGCUGCGAGGAAGUGCAGUGAGAUGCAGACUGAGCAGCCAGCUGCCCUGCUGAAGCCAGUGUGCAGCCAGCGCCUGUGAGCGCAGCAGAAACCUCCUCUUCUUGCUGAAACUUACUGUUUGCGUGAAUCAUGUCGUCGCGGAACGGGCUCGGACGCUGCGAUACCUUCCGAUGAAAUGGACGUGACGAUGUUAGAGGGCGUCGGAUGGACGCUUUUGGUGAUCCUGUUCAUGCUCUCUCUGCUGACCGUGCUCGGAUGGCUCGUGCAGUACAGUUUCGGGUUUCGGAAUGCGGGUAAAAGCCCGUGGGCGCGGGUCCUGGCGCGAGGCGCGUGGAGCCCCCUGCUGAAGCUGCAGUUCGGACGGGGUGGCAGAGCCGCGAGCCCCGGGGCGGGACUGCAGGGGUUACUGUCCACUCUCAUCUCUUUCAGAUCCUUCAGGGAGAACUGUCAGCGAGCAUGGGUUCGAGCCCUGAACGAGCAAGCAUGCCGACAUGGGAGCUCCAUACAGAUUGCUUUCGAGAGCGGGCUACAGCUUCCCCCCUCUGCCUCCAUAAACCAUGUGACCUGCAUGGACCAAUCAGCACACACCAUGGUGUUGCAGUGUACCUGCACAGUCGACGCAGUAACAUUUCCAGUUACUGUCACCCAGCAGUCACCUGCGGCGGUGUCCAUGGAUACCUACCAUGUCACCACGGCUCCAGUGCAAGUUCAGCUGGAGGUGUGUCUACAGGAGGUGGAGGAAGAGGGACUUCUGGUGUCCUGGUCCUUUUCCCAGCAGCCUCUGCUGUCUCUGAGUGUGUUCCCCCGCAGACUCCAGCAAGAGGGGGACGGAGAGAAGGUGGAUCUGAACAUGGUCGGGGAGCUGGUGAAGGACGCCAUUGUCAGCACCCAGCCGGCCAUGUUUGUGAACCUGAAGUCCUAUGUGCCGACCCCAUCGGCUCCUGCAGAGAGGCAGAAUCGGGGGGCAGACUCCCCUUCGCUGGGGACACCGCUGCAAAGGAUGCUGGUCCGUCAGCUCAGGGUGAUGGGCCUCUCUGCGGGGGGGCAGUCAGCAGGGACGGAGCUGUGCUGCAGCCUGGGUUUGGACCUCCCCACCCAGGAGAAGAGGACUGGCUUCCUGCCUUCCCCUUUAAGAGCAGGGGUGGAUCUGGAGUGGGACGAGGACUUCACCCUGGAUCUGGACAAAGACACCAAGGAGCUGAGAGUCCGACUGGUGGAGAGGAACAUGAAGGAGGAAAAGUUCCUACCUGGCAGAGCCUCUGUGGUCUUGGACGUCCCUCACAGAACUCCCAUUGGACGACAAGUUCUGCCAAUCAGUGCUGGGCCAGGCCUGCCAUCAGCUGCCACUGUCACCCUCGAGCUGCUGUUCCUGGAUCCAGGUGACCCCUACAGGUGUCAGGGUGUCCCUGUGCCACAGGUAUGCCUGGAGCCUGCUGGAGGGGUGGAGAUGGACCGCACCCCCACGCCUGACUGCAGUCCAGUCAGCUCCACGCCCUCCCCUCAGCCAUCACCCACCCCGGCCAGCAGGCAGGGUUCUACAUCCUGUUCUCCGUACAAAGCGCAGGAAGCAGGAAGAAGGGCACUGGUUCCUGAUGGUCUCCAUAGCAACAGUAGCUCCCCCACCUCCUUGCAGAGCCAUCUCUCCAAUGGCCUGGACCCUGCGGGUGUGGCCCAGCCCGGCAGGACUCCCACCAAGAGGAGCACGCUCAGAAUCACUGUGGGGUCAAAGGGCCCCCUCACUGCCUCUGCAUGCUGUGCUGCGUCUGGAGACGCUGCCCUCCAGGGGGCGCUCUCCCCAGGAGCCGGUAACUGCGAGAACUCCAUCUCCCAGGGGGCCGUGCGGCAGGACGCGGUAGAAGCGACGCGCUCCACAGAGGACGUGGGGUCGGAGACGGGCUCCACGGGGGCGCUGGAGACCCGCAGCCUAAAGGAGCAUAAAGUGGGGUUCCGGUUCCGCAGGAAGCCGCAGCAGAAGGACGCCACUCUCAGCCGCUCCCAUGAGGACGUGUCCCACCUGGGCGAGGGUUCAGUCGCGAGGAAGAAGUCCGGAAGCUUCUCCCGCCGCCUCAUCAAGCGUUUCUCCUUCCGCUCGCGCUCCAAGAGCAAGUCCAGUGCUAACGCUAAUGCCAGCGCUAACGCUAAUGCAGCUGUGGACUGAGAAACCUGCACUGUAACACAUUCCUCAGAGCAGCAGGGCCAGAGCAGCGCUAACCCUAACCCUGAGAAACAGCGCAGCCAGAGCAGGGAAGGGCGACAAUAAAGGAACUUUAUUAAUGCAAUUUUAUUACAUAUUUUUGGUAAUGGCAUAUGUGUACCCCUACAUCCAGGAGUCCCGCAGUAAAAGUGAGAGGGACAUUUGAAUCUAGUACCAUUGACACUUGAGGGAUGUUUGAUUGACAGAGGUCAGUAAAGUGCUUUCUUUCAUCUGAACGCUAGUCCUCAGGCUGCUGUUGAUGGUUGCUCAGCAAGUGAGGAAGAUGAGAACCUUACGCAGCAUAUCAUGAUGUGCAGUGGUAAUACCACGAAACUUUCUGUUUCAAUUAU